GUUGUUUUCCCGAUCGUCAUCGAACGCCGAUUUUUCACUCUCAGUCCCUUUUGCUUGGAUUGGACGUCGAAGCUGAACUGAUUUCCAUCUUUCGGUCUUCUUCAACCAACCUCUCAAGCAUGGAUAGUCUACGUAUCUGUCUCUUACUGUUCUCUUGUUUCCUUCUUGUUUCUGCUGUUGUUGGAGACUGUGAAGAGAAGCAAGAAUUUUCUGGAUGUAACGCCGACGGGAAACAGUGCGUUUGCGGUACCAAGAUGGCGUGUCGUAACCCAUUUGCCUUUAGAGACCAGAAGCGUUGCCAACGUGCGCUUUAUCCUGACCCGUGCAAGAAGAACCACUGUCGAAACAAAGGUUAUUGUCUGCAGACCAAGUCAGGUGUGUUUGCCUGUGAGUGUGCCGGGACUGGCUUCUAUGGUCAGCGCUGCACAACCAAGUGUCCCAGAGAUCUGUCGACUAUUCCUCUAGAAGACCGAGCUUCGGCCAGGGCCUGCAUCUAUUAGGUCAGACCACAACCAGCCUUGGGGUAUUCUAACAUGAUUUUUAGGGAUGUUUUCGCUGCCUACUACAAAUAUAAAUUAUUGGUGCUAAUCAUGUAAGUUUGUGCAAGAGCCAUCUUUUUUAAUGCUGUGUUGAACUCAAUUUAAAAACAAUUUGACCCAUUUAUCAGUUUUCCUUUUACGUAAAAUAUUACUAUGCAAAAUGUAGAGCAAAUUUCUUGUUAUUUAUUACUCUUGUCAAUAUUAAACUUGUUAGUGGCAUUUCUACAUAAAGUAAUGAUAACAUUUUUUUACAUUAAAGGCAGUGGACACUAUUGGUAUUGGACACCCAAAAUAAUUAUUAUCAUAAAACCUU